AAGGGUGAGUAACUUAAUUAAGUACAGGGUGAUGGGACAAGAAACUUCUACUCCUUAUGUUCGAAUGCUGAAGCAUUCACUUGCUGUCUAUGGUAUUACUGUCGUUUCUAAUGAUAUUGAGCUGUGUUUGAAGGUUUUUCAGCAGGUUAUGGCUAUGACGGAGGAGUCUAAGAAACCCUCUAGGAAGCCCUCUGCUCCGCCUUUGCCGUCUGUACCAGCUCUUUCUUCUAAAAAUCCUUUCCUUUCUGCGGCUUUAGCUGAGCUUGAUGCGCUAGAGGAUAGCGAUGAUGAGGCUGGCGCAGGUAAUUCUGUCUUUGCUUUUCCUGUUAUCAGGCCUCCCCCGGUCCAGGGAGUGGCACAAGCACCAUAUUAUGAAGGAAUAGGUAUAGAGGAUAUUGGUCGCUUGAAAAAGGCAGUGUCUUUAUAUGGACCACAAUCACAUUAUGUUAAGGAGCUAGUUAAUGGUCUAGCUCGACAUUAUAAUAAUUCUUCUCCUGAGGACUGGAGGGUCCUCUGUCGAGCUCUUUUAAAGGAGCCUGAGUAUCUGCAGUGGCAGAUGUGGUUUUCUGAACUUUGUAUGUAUGUACAUGUGGUAAUGGAUACAUAUUCUCAAUUUAUAUGGGCCACAGCACAAAGUGGUGAAACCACACAGCAUGUCAUCUCUCAUCUUCUAGAAACUUUUGCUGUGAUGGGUUUACCAUCUAUUAUUAAAACAGAUAAUGGACCUGCAUAUAGCAGUAAAAAAUUUCAAACUUUCUGUAAACAAUAUGGUAUAAUGCACAAAACAGGCAUUGAGUAUAAUCCUCAAGGGCAAGCUAUUGUAGAACGUGCACACAAUACUUUAAAGUUACAAAUUAAAAAAUUAAAAAGGAGGAAAAAGGACCAUAUUUUAGCAUUCACUCAAUCAAAUGCAUGUUCUAUUUUGCAACAAGCUUUGUUCACAUUAAAUUUCUUGAAUCUUCCGCAGGGAGAUAUCCUUUCCCGUGCAGAGAAACAGUUCAUAGAGGGAGAGGUCGCUCCCCCUCCAUUAAAUGAACAUAUAUGGUUUAAACCAACCGCAGAUGCAGAAUGGCAACCGGGGCUAUUGCUUUGUAGAGGGAAGGGUUAUGCUUAUGUCUCCACAGAGGAUGGACGGACCUGUUCCUGGCUCCCCGCGCGAUGGAUCCGGCCGAGGGCCAAUUUGAACGGCACCAUAUCCCACCAGACGACGGAUGGGGAGUCUAGACCAAGAUGA